UAAACUCCACAUACCUACAGUGUGUAAUCGCGGUGUUACGUCUACCAUCGUCCACUACAGCGACAGUGCAGUGGCAAAUCAACUCGUGACUUUGGUGCGAACGGUUCUUCAACACCAUCCGUCGCCGCAGCAGCAGCAGCUAGUGAGUAGAGCUUGAUUUUCAUUUCAUUUCCUUCCUUCGAUUCCGGUUCCGAGUCCGAUCCAGCGAUGGCAAGCAACACCCAGGGAAUCCAGCAGCUGCUGGCCGCUGAGAAGAAGGCCGCCGAAAAGGUCGGAGAGGCCCGCAAACGCAAGGCCCGCCGUCUAAAGCAGGCCAAGGAUGAGGCCACCGAAGAGAUCGAGAAGUAUCGCUCCGAGCGCGAAAAGCAAUUCAAGGAUUUCGAAGCUAAGCACAUCGGCUCGCGCGAGGGUGUCUCGAACAAGAUUGACGCCGACACUCGGGUGCGCAUCGACGAGAUGAACCGGGCCCUCAGCUCUCACAAGGAGUUCGUCAUCAAGGAUGUGCUCGAGUACGUCUAUGCCAUCAAGCUGGAACUGCACAAGAACUACCGCCAAUAAGAGGAGGGUGUGGAAACGGAAACCUCACUGGGCCCACCGGAAACACGCCCCACCAGGUGGAACAGUAGGAGAAGGAGGAGGAGGAGGAAGAUAAUUUCCAUUCAUUUGCAUCCGCGCUGGCUAUUUUUGAUUCGUUUUCACAAAUGUGAUUUUGUAAAACCUUCGCCACAUUCCCUGGCGCCAUGGAUUGUACAGUACUUUUCUCGCUCGUUUUUUUUUGUUUAAAAUAUUUUUGAAAUUUUUCGCUGAAGAUGAGAUGUGGUGUCACGACGAUAUCACAUCACUAUAUUUAUAGUAUUAACUAAAAUGUAAGAUCAUGUAAGAAGGAAACGCUCUAGGUUAAGAAAAAUAAAAUAAGAACACCAA